AUGCGCAUCAUCUCAUCUCUGUCUGCGGCGAAGGAAGAAGGCCCUGAGAGAAACAAAACCGGCGGGCUUGCGCCUGCUCUUCUCCGCUUUCCCUCGACCUUUUCUCCCUCGUCAUGUCCCUUUGCUCUCACGCUUGGUUUCCAUCCUUUCUCCAUCUCCCAAGACCUGUUUGUUGUCGCUGUUGCAUUGCAUAUGACUAUCUCAUUCGCCAUGCCUUGGACUCGGAACGGCCAUCGUGCUGAGGCGCCGGAGUCUCGUUAUCGAGAUGCUUCUGUUCCGCCGCCGGGUGCGAACAUACCUCGAAAAACAGAAACCUUUCUUCUAGGGGAGAACGAAAAGAAAAUCGAAGAAAAGGCAGACACGCGAACUCCUUCCACCUCGAUCUUCACCCUCAAUAAAGAGGAUCACACGAUUGGGAACUUGCUGCGCUCUCGGCUGCUUCAGAACCGCCAUGUCACAUUUGCGGCGUACAAGGUGCCUCAUCCAUUGGUCAACAAGCUUGAACUUCGUGUACAAACAGACGGGGAAAUGACCCCCAAGGAUGCACUUCUCGGCGCUUGCCACGAUACAGUGAAAGAUCUCGGUACGCUGUCUCGGGAAUUCACCAAGGAGUUUGAGCUGCGCAAGAUGGUUGGAGCUGCUCAACAGCAGAAUGGCGCGCAGGACUGA